GUUCGAGUAUUUUAGGCAUAGGGGACAGCCAAUGAAAAUACAGGAGUCCGGAGUUGGCUUGUAUUGUGGGAGGAACCGCAAGGAGGUCCGCAUUUCUGGAAAGAGGAGUACAGAGGGGGGUAAGGUGUCAGAAAACUGGAAAGAUAAGUGGGUUCUGCCUCCUUUUCCUUGCUCUGCUUCCUUUAUUCUCCCUUGGUGACCUCCAGCCAGGAGCAGUUUCAAAAAGUGAUCCAACAUGUGGGAGCCCUCCUGGAAGGGUUUGGAAAACAUUCCUCUUCUGAUCUAUAUUUUGAUUGCAAAAUCUAUAAUUCUUUGCUUGGCAUUUUCUGGAGCCAAAAUGUGGCAGAAGAAAAGACUGGAUGCACAAAGGCAACAAGUGGAGGCCAUGAAGAAAAAAACAAUUGAGAAGAAAGAUGAAUGAUGUGUCUCACAAAGAUUUUACAAACUGUCUGGUGGUCUGGAUAGACUCCAAUUCUAGGAGUUUGCUGUGUGUCAAGGGAAUAUGUCCCCCCCUGUAACUUUAACUUGAAACCAUAUGUAAGUUUGCAUAUGCUCUAAUAGGAAUUGGCAUUAAUUAAUAUAUUAAAAUGGUUUUCUCAA